AUGACCUCCGGGCCAAUGCGCAAGCUUCCCAUUGCUGCCACCACCAAGUGUGCCGCUCCAGCAGCAGCUUCGAGAUGGACUUCCCUUUCCCGUUAUCCCAACCAAGUCCAGCUUCUUCGCAGGCACAGGUCGUCGACCGCUUCCGCUUCCGCUUCCGGUGGUAGCGGCUCCUUGCGCCAGGGCCAGGUGCUGUCUAAGAGACAUCUAGCACAAGUUCGGCCGGAGCCCAUCUCCGAAGUGUGGUUCACGUCGGCGUCCCCCAGAUUUGGUCCGGAAGACGACUUACUUGGAGGUUCUCCUGCGCCUGGGGCAAACAAUAGUAGUGACCACAAGCCGCCGGAUGAACGGUUGAUCAGGCUAGGGAAGACAUUGCGAACAUUGUCGCCUCUCCUCCCAGAUAUCCUCACCAAACCCCUCCCACCGGAGAUCCUGUCUCCCAACAUCUCCCUCCAUCUCUUUCCCUCGACUCAUCCUCAUCUGCCAGCUGUCAAAGGCCGCGUUGCAUACCGCGCAUCUCUCUGGACCGCCCCAGUCGCCUGGGGCUGCGUGCCCAUCGUGGGCAAUGUAAAAUUGAGGAUUAUUUCGGAGAAGAUCGUGCGGACGGGGUUUUCAUACGCCACUCCUCCUCCGUCAUCCGAAGACGAGCAAGAGCAAGAUCUCAGCGCAGAGAAACUGGUCGUGCGGUGGAAAACGGAGCCCAAAACCAAUGGCAAUGGCAACGGCAAUCAUGAAGCUGACAUCACCGACUCGUCGAACAUAAACCGCGGCCUUUCCAAACUGCUCGGCGGCGACAAACCCAUCUUCAACCUCAACAAAGGCGACGACUUCACCGGUCUCUUCAUCUUCACGUUCGACUCCAAGGGCCGGAUUGCAAGCCACACGAUCGAGCACGCCGAGGAGAGCAACGGCUAUGACAAGACGAGCAAAGUCGUCACGCUGACGGACUGGUUGUUGGGCAAGGCAAAAUGGGGGGGACGCAACAAAGAGCAGGAACUCGUCCCCGGGUUGGCCAUGAGGGUGUGUCGCGACGAGUGGAAUAUUAGGAGGGGAGUGCCUCCGAAUUCCUGA